AUGACUGUAUUUUCUAGGUUUUCAGCGUUUACAAGCAAACAUCCUGUAAUACGAGGAAUGCUUUCUUAUGGAAUUAUCUGGCCUACAUCUUGUAUUAUUCAACAGACCAUAGCUGGAAAAACUUGGGAAAACUAUGACUGGUUACAUGCUUUAAGAUUCAGUUUGUAUGGUGGCUUGUUUACUGCUCCUACUCUUUAUGGCUGGAUAAGGAUAUCAUCAAUAGUGUGGCCAAAGAGCACCCUUAAAUCGUCGAUUACUAAGGCUGUUACAGAACAAUUUACCUAUGGUCCACUAGCCCUAAUAUGCUUCUUCUUUGGCAUGAGUUUACUGGAGGGUAAGAGCAUUGAAGAUGCCAAACAGCAGGUUAAGGAUAAAUUUUUUCCAACAUGGAAGGUUGGUGUUUGCGUUUGGCCAGUUUUGCAAACAGUGAACUUCUGCUACAUCCCUGAGAAAAACAGAGUACCUUUUGUCAGUGCCUGCAGUUUGUUGUGGUGCUGCUUUUUGGCAUACAUGCAUGAACUUCAAUUGAAACAGAAAGAAUUAGAAAUAUCUCAAUUACAACUAUUAAAACAAUAA